AUGGUAUCAUUUCUUCAAACACUUCUAGCCCUUCCUUUAUUGGUGUUAUUCCUUUUCAUGAAAUACAAAACCAAUAUCAAGAACUCAUCAUCAACCUUUCCAAAAGGUCCAAAAGGCCUUCCCAUAAUUGGAAACCUCCAUCAACUUGACAUAUCAAAUCUCCAUAUUCAAUUCUUGAAUCUCUCAAAAUUUUAUGGCCCUCUUUUCUCCCUUCAAAUUGGUUUCAAGAAAGCUAUUGUUAUUUCCACACCACAACUAGCUCAACAAAUUCUCAAAGAUCAUGACCAUGGUGUAUCUAGUAGACCUCCAUCACAUGGCACACAGAAACUCUCUUACAAUGGCAUAGACAUGAUCUUUUCACCGUACAAUGAUUGUUGGAGAGAGAUAAGAAAAAUCUGUGUUGUCCACUUCUUUAGCUCCAAAAAGAUUUCUAGCUUCUCUCCUAUAAGAAAAUCUGAGCUCUAUGAUUAUAUUCCUUUCAUGGGAUGGAUUGAUAAACUUACCGGCUCGAUUGCUCGAGUUGACAACACUUUUAAGUCUUUGGAUGCAUUUUUUGAACAAGUGCUUAAGGAACAUCUUGAUCCUAAUAAUAGGAAGAGAGAAGAAGAAGAGAAGGAUAUAGUUGAUGUUUUGCUUGAGCUAAAAAAUCAAGGUCAUCUCUCAAUUCAUCUCACCAAUGAUCACAUCAAAGCUGUCCUUAUGAACCUACUUGUAGCAGCUACGGACACAAGUGCAGCCACAUCGGUUUGGGUGAUGACUGCACUAAUGAAGAAUCCAAGAGCAAUGAAGAAAGCUCAAGAAGAAAUUAGAAACAUAUGUGGGAAAAAAGAGUUUAUAGAUGAAGAUGAUAUUCAAAAGCUAGUAUAUCUCAAAGCUGUGAUAAAAGAGACGCUGAGAUAUUAUCCACCAGUACCACUGGCUCCAAGAGAGACCAACAAAAGUUUCAUUCUAAAUGGAUAUAAAAUAGAACCAAAAACAUUACUGUAUGUGAACAUUUGGGCCAUUCAUAGGGAUCCCGAGACAUGGAAAGAUCCAGACGAGUUUUAUCCCGAAAGAUUCUUAAACAAUGAUGUUGAUUUUAAAGGAUUAGAUUUUGAGUUGAUUCCGUUUGGUGGUGGGCGAAGAAUUUGCCCGGGCAUACCAUUGGCAAUCGCGAUGCAAGAAAUGGUAACUGCGAAUCUUCUCAAUUCGUUUGAUUGGGAAAUGCCUGAAGGUAUGAGAAAGGAAGAUAUAGAUAUUGAAGGGUUGCCAGGACUUGCUAGACACAAGAAGAAUCAUCUCUGCCUUGUUGCCAAGAAUCAUAUGUGA